AUGGUCCCAACAUCGGCCCUUCGAGAAACUAUUGUCCUUAUCAUCUUCGGUAUUGUCCUCGUACCAAUAGCUGCAAAGCGUGCUCAGGAUGCACCUGGCUACUGGAAGGCCUUCACCGCCAACACACCGUCUUUGGUCUAUCAAGACCAGCUUUCGUGGACCUCGGGGCUGAUGCUGAUGGCCGCCGGCGACGACACACAAUCUCCUUGUCUCCCUGUAGAGCCGUACAAAGUGCAAAACAAGACCGCGUCGGUGAAUUCGGUGGCCAUUAAGUCUCAGCCAGAGUCGAAAGGUCCAAUAACGAUUCGAUUGCGGCUUUCGAGUUCCGAAGAGGCAGCCCACACGACCACGAUGGAGAUCAGCGCCCAGACGGAGGCUGCAAAGGUUUCGAGUCGGGCAAUACCAGCUGAGGAGGAUGUACCUAUGCCACCUACCGCGACCACGUCGUCCGCUGCCAACAGAGAGCGCUGGACGCUGAUCUGGAUGGGCACUGCGAUUCUGGCCGUCGCACUCUUCAUGUCCUCCUGCUGA